GUCACGCGGUGUGCUCCGUACCAAUGUGGCUAGUGAUGAGCUAGAGCAGUUUGCGGUUGCUCUAUCAACUUGUUGUGCUUUAAAAAAUAGCCGUUUUUUUUUUUAAAGUACACUUCAACUAGAUCCAGCAUUUAGUGAACGCCAAUUGAAUUGACACAGCUGUUAGUGACGACCGAACGAACGGCUGCUCUCUAAGAAGCUCUUCUUCUGAGGAUUACAGUGGGCUACGGUCGAGAGCACUUCAGGAUGUGGACUCUACUUUAACUCAUAUCUUAUCUUCCCUAUUCUUUGCCUGCCUUAUUUUUUUUUUUUUUGUGGGUGGAAACGCGACUACUGUUUCAGGACUCGGAGUAAGAUCAGAUCAGAGCCAUUAGUGCUAUAGUACUUCUUCCACUAGCACAUCGGCGGCCAUCGAAUUCAAUUGAGCAUGGAUCGGUUCAAUAUUAGGGCAGCAGCUAGAUUAGUUGUACCACGUGUGCUCAGCAGCUUAUCAGCGCAUUGGCGACUCGGUCAAUACGCGCAUCAUCGAUCGAUCGUUUAAUCACCCCCACCAGGGGGCUUGCACCGGCAGCAGCAGCAGCAGCAGCAGCAGCAUCUCCCUGAUGCAUCCCACAAUCAUUUGGAAGGAAGCAGCAGCAGCAGCAGCAGCAGCAGCAGCGUGCCAACGGCAUUGUCUGAGUCAUACGGUCCGAUGCAGUCAUUUACGUACAGUGAAGCCCUCGACGUGGCCGGUCGUGGCCGCUUCCAUACGCUGCUCCUGUUCGUCACUGGCCUCUGCCUGAUGAGCGUAGUGAACGAGACGGUCAACGCCGGAUUUAUCAUUUCGGCAGCCGAGUGCGACCUGCAGCUGACCUACGCCGACAAAGGGCUGCUGAACGGGGCCGCCUUCCUCGGGGUCGUAGUGACCUCGCUAGUCUGGGGCUUCCUGUCCGACACGUGGGGCCGUCGGAAGGUGUUACUGUUAGCUUCCGCCGGAGCCCUCGUCGUGUCCGUGCUGUCCACUUUCGCACCGAAUGCGUGGACACUCAUAGCGGCCCGCUUCCUGGUCGGUGUAUUCGUAUCGGGCAAUGCGGCCACCUCGUACGCGUACCUGGCCGAGUUCCACAACGAGACGAGCAGGGCACGGGUCAUCUCCUGGGCGGCCAUGUUCAUGGCGAUCGGGCUCAUCUUCCUGCCGGUGCUCGCCUGGGCCAUCAUACCGCUCGAGGACCGUCUGCCACUGUCCCUGUUUGGCUACCGGUACGCGAUGUGGCGCCUCUAUCUGCUCAUCUGCUCGGUCGAUCUGCUGGCCAUUAUCGGCGGUCUCCUGCUACUGCCCGAGAGCGCCAAGUUUCUGCUGAUCAAGGAGCGCCAGCAAGAGGUGCAGCAGAUUUUGGCGAAAAUCUAUCACUACAACCAACGCCAGCCGGUGCAGACUUUUCCCGUUAAGUUAGUCACACUCGAUCCAAUAGACAGUGCGUACGCGGUUGAGCUGCAACGGCGCUCCAAGCUGGGGCUGCAAUACGUGUGGCAGCAGAUUGUGCCACUGUUGCGGCCACCCCUACUGCUGCAUACACUAAAGGCCUCGGUGCUAAUGUGCGGACUGUUUGCCGCCUCGUCCGGUCUGUUCCUCUGGCUGCCUGACAUACUGAACGCGUACAUCCAGCGCGGCGAUAUGAAGCUGUGCGAUGUGAUUUCGUCGAUACACGAGCGCAGGCUGGCACGGCUCGAACGGGUAGGCAACUACUCCGAGUCCAUCGAAACCAGCUGCCCGAUUACGAUCAACGCCAACAUCUUCGUGAUCACCGCACUGAUGGGAAUCGUGUUUUUGGCCUGCUACAUCCUCAAUGGGCUCAUCAUCGGUGUGAUUGGCAAAAAAACCCUCCUGAUCUCCUGGUUUGUUGUGUGCGGUGUAUGCGGACUCGGCGUGCUGUGGACCUCCGAUUUCUAUAUCACGCUGAUACUAAUCGCAACCUUUGACGCAUCGGGAUGCCUUGGAGGUGUCCUGAGUGCAAUAUCGGUUGACCUAUUUCCGACUAAUUACCGGGCGAUGGCGCUCUGUCUAAUAUUGAUGACUGGCCGGUUAGGUGCGAUGGCCGGAAGCAACCUGAUCGCCUAUCUACUAUCGAUCAAUUGUAAUCUGAUCUUUAUUCUGUUUGGUGGACUGCUGCUUGUAUGUGCAGCUAUUGGGACAACCUUGAAAGUCACAUAGAAAAUUCUACGCUGAAAGAGCCGGCUGGAAUCGGUUUGUUAAUAAGUAGAGUAAAAGUUCCUAUAUUUCAUAUAGACUCCCACCAAAUAGUUUGAUUUCGUGUCUGCAAGGUCGACAAAGAAAAGAAAAAAUAAAAUACUAAGAUAUUUCCAUCGAGAAUAGGACAACGAAAGAAAUUGCAAGUAGGCGUGUUCAAAGCUAACAAUUGAAUAUUGUUUUAAAUAAACAGAAUCGUAAUUUA